AUGAUGAACCUAGAAAGAAUUGGAGUGACCCUGUCCUUAGUGUACAACCAGACGAACGACACCAGCUCAUCUCACUGUGAGCAAAUCGACACCUCAGGGCGUUUCUUCUUCAUCGUGGUCUACAGCCUGGUGUUUCUGGUGGGUUUGCUCCUGAACGGGUUCACCCUGAAGUUUAACUUCUGCAGCGCUCAGGAGCAGGCGUCCAGCAGCAUGACCAUCUACCUGAAGAACCUGGCAGCUGCAGACUUCCUGAUCAGCCUCUGCCUCCCCGUCAGGAUCAGCCACUUCGCCACUAGAUCUGUCACCAUAUUUAGGGUCUACUGCAACUUUGGGGCCUCGGCGUUCUACCUGAAUAUGUACGCCAGCAUGCUGUUCAUGGGUUACAUCGCAGCUAACAGGUAUCUAAAAAUCAUCCGUCCUUUGGGGACCAACAUCAGAAAAACGGUGCGACCUGCCAACAUCAUCUCCACACUAACCUGGCUUUUCCUCCUGGCCUCGGCGGCCACCUACACCACAAUAACAUUCCUCACAGAUAAAUUGCCGCCGUCUGUCCCAAACAUAUUCAGCUGCAAUUCUCUCCACAGGAAACAGGUCACCGUCUUCUACAAAGUCCUCCACAGCUGCUGCAGCGCCCUCUUCCUCAUCGUGUUUGUCUCCCUCGUCUUCUUCUACUACAGCACCUCCCGCAGGGUGGCGAUGGCAGAAGACAGGAAGCUGGGCUCCUCCGGCUCUAAGAGGCUUGCCAAGUCCCGCAGGAACAUGUUGGUGCUGGUUUUUGUCUUCUGCGUCUGCUUUGUGCCAUACCACCUGGUUCGCCUGCCGUACACGUUCCUGGAGAUACCGUGCUCGUGGGGGCAGGUGUUUUUUUACCUGAGGGAGCUGGCCCUCAUGAUGUCCAUUCUCACGGUCUGCUGGGAUCCACUCCUCUAUUUCAUCUAUUGUAAAGGCUACAGGGCCCAGCUGAAGAAAAGCAUUCGGCGACGAAGACGGUAG